AUGAUUUUUUGUGAGAAGUGCAAAAAUUUACCACCUGAGAACAAAAUUAUUUUUGAGCAAACCCCUGAAUAUAAAAAUCACAUUGGAGAUAAAGAAAAAUGUAAACAACUGUUUUUAGAAGACCAAAAAAUGAGCAAAUUAACUGAUUCUAACUCCUUAUGCGUAAGCUUUGAUUUAGAAAAAGUCCUGAAUACUCCACACGGUAAAAGUGUUACCCUAUACUAUUCCAGGAAGUAUGCAUACUAUAAUGAAAGUAUAUACGAAAGUGGUACAAGGGAAGGUUACUGUUACCUGUGGGGUGAAUGCGACGGAAAAAGGGGCUGUAAUGAAAUUGUUACAGUCCUUUUUAAUUACUUGAUUAUGGUAGACCAAAGAGGUACCCAUACAGAGAUAAAUUUAUACUCCGAUAGCUGUGCCGGGCAAAAUAGGAAUCGAGCAAUGAUAUCCAUGAUAAUUCAUUUCUUGAAAACCGCAAUUACUAUUACGAAAAUAAAGGUAACUUAUCUUUUACCGGGACACACCAUGAUGCCUGUUGACUCAAUUCAUAGCACUAUUGAAAGUUUUGUGCGUAAUAAAAUAGUAUGGGCUCCUUCUGAGUGGCCAACUAUGCUUACUAAUGCUAGAAAUAAGCCUAGAAACUACAACGUAAAUGUUUUAAACUAUGGAGAUUUCAUGGAUUGGAAGAAUUUUUCACAAGCUUUAUUACCAGCAAAAUUUAAGAUUAAUUUUAACUCAUUAAGGGUGGUGCAAUUUCAUAAAAAUAAUCCUAUUGUUAAAUUUCAAUACGGUUUUUUCGAAGAUAGUGACAAUUACGAAAUAAACAUGGAUUUCAUCAUCAGAUCGAGAGCAAACAAAGCUAUUGUGGAAAAGGGACCUACACCUUUAUACGCCGAAGAGCUUAAACUUUCAUUAGCUAAAUACAAAGAUUUACAGGAUCUGUGUAACAAAAAUGUGAUUCCAAACAGAUACCAUCAAGAAUAUUUAAGUAUGAAGCAUGAUGAAAACGUACGUGAUGCUUUAGCUGAAACAGAUGAAGAUGAGGAGAAUUAA